AGCAAAAAAGACAAGAAGAGAACAAGAACAGCCAGCCUCAACUCAGGCCAUAACGACCUUGCUCGAGGAGGAUACCUACUCUUACAUCUUUACUCCUGGACUGUCCAUACACAAGCUGAUACCCCCCCCACACAUACCAACAUAUUCACACAAUUCACAAAAAGAAGAAAACAAUAUACCAAGAUAAAAAAAAAAAAAACAAUAAAUAAUACCCAAAAUUAUCAUGGCCAGCACCGGGGAGGCCAUGGCCAAGGUCAGCGGGACGGACAGAGAGACGGGGGCCAGCAGCGAGACGGACAGGGCCAGCAGCAGCAGGAGAAGCCCAAGAAGGAGAACAUCCUGGACCUGACCAAGUACAUGGACAAGGAAGUCAACGUCAAGUUCAACGGCGGCAGAGAGGUUACCGGCGUGUUGAAGGGGUAUGAUCAGCUCAUGAACCUCGUGCUGGACGAUGUCAAGGAGACCAUGCGGGGUAAGACAGUACAUUUAGAUUUUAAAGAAGUAGAUGGUUUGAAUAUGUUUGCUGACUGGCUGGGGGUAGAUGAUAAUGACAAUGUAACGACUCGCUCGCUGGGGCUGAUCGUGGCGAGGGGGACGCUGUUGGUGCUGCUCUCGCCGGCGGACGGGAGCGAGGAGAUUGCCAACCCUUUCGUGCAGCAGGAAGACGAAUAA